UAUUGCAAUCAUACUCAUCAUCAUUUCAAACGUCUAAAACUAAGAAUGGUCACCAUGUUUUUGAAGUCCAUGCUCUUCCCCCUCAUUUUUGCUUUGGCUUUAGCUCCAAGGUCACAAGGAGUGAGCCAGAGCCAAAGCCAAAGCCAACCUUCUUUAGCCACCACGUUCAAUGAAAUCAAGUACCAUGGAGGCCCCCUCUUGACCAAACCAAAUAGCAUCAACAUCUACCUCAUAUGGUAUGGUGCCUUUUCUCGAAACGACAGAAGCUCCAUAACCGAUUUCUUUGCUUCCUUUAAUCCUUCGAAGGGUCUAGUACCCCAUCAAGAACCCACUGUGGCAACAUGGUGGAAAACAAUCCAGACAUACAAGGACAAGUCUGGGAACUCAGUUUCCAGCACUGUUAAACUUGUUAAACAAAUUGGUGACAUAUAUUCUUUAGGUAAGAAUAUUAAGCGCGCCCAAAUAGCAAACUAUGUCAAACACAAGAUAGAGACCAAAGUAUUACCAUUUGACUCUAAUGGAAUAUACUUGGUUUUGACUUCUAGAGAUGUGAUUGUAGAACGAUUUUGCAUGGGAUCAUGUGGUUUUCAUGAUAACAUAGUGGUGUAUACAAAGCGUACUAGGUUAGUUUAUGCACAUAUAGGAAACCCUCUGGUGCAGUGCCCUGGAUUAUGUGCAUGGCCUUAUUCACUUCCAGCUUAUGGUCCACCAGGCCAGCAAGCCCUUGUUGCACCGAAUGGUGUUGGGGCUGAUGGCAUGGUUAUGAACAUUGCAACAAUUAUUGCAGGAGCUACAACUAAUCCUUUCAAGAAUGGGUAUUUUCAAGGUGACCCCUUGGCUCCAUUGGAGGCUGUCACAGCAUGUCCAGGGAUAUUUGGUGAAGGAGCUUAUUCAGGGUAUCCUGGAAAUUUGAUGGUGGAUAAAAUCAGCAAGGCAAGUUAUAAUGCGUAUGGUGCUAAUGGAAGGAAAUUCCUCCUUCCAGCUAUAUGGGAGCUGACAAGCUCAAAGUGCAAGGUCAUCCACUAAUUAAGGGGCAUGAAUUAAUUUUUACAGGCAAAGGCAUUGCUAUAAGCAGGGCUUGAUAGACAAAAGUGGAUAUUUAACUUUAUUUUUCAGUUUUCUGUUGGGUUAAUCAUAUUUCAUGUCUAAAUUUUUGUGUGCUAUAUAUUAGUUAUAUGUGCAAACAAUGUAAGUUCAAAAAAAAAAUAAUAAUAAAGUGAUGCCACAUCA